AUGGGGGGCAUAUUUCCCCUCAUAGCGCUAGGUGGAGCAGCCUCCUCCAACUCUAGCCAUACAAAUUGCACUACGAACGCAUGCAAACAUGCUAGUUGGAUCAUCCCUGUCAUUUUUCUUGCACCACUGGGUUUGUGUGCAAUUAUUGUUAGCUGUUAUUUUCUUUUUGGUUGGUGGACUAACAGACGUUAUCGGAAGUCAGAAUUCGGUUCUGGUGUGGGACCAACACAUGGGGUCGUACAAUCCUGGAUGAUGGAAAAUGCAGGACCCAGGACCUAUCGUAGACCCAUUGAGGAUAAAAUGGGCAGUGAAACGUACGUGCCGGAAUAUACCAAGGUGGUUAACAGAAACGAUAGGGGUUAUUUUGAUGAACAAGGGAUAUUUCAUACAAGAAGUGAAGUUUCAAGUUUAAUGAGUAAGUCCCCUCCAUCUUUCCAGUCACAAGCAUCGAUUGGGAAUAAUUCAGAGGAAACCAACGUGUCACACCCAGCUCCAGCGAAGACUAUAGAUAUCACAAGAAGGGAACACCAUCCAGGUCCUGCUAAAAAUCUUGAUUCGGUAUCCACCCUGGCAGAUGUUUCGACGGAAGAAAGCGACCAAUGA